AUGGGUGACUACUCGAAAGCACUUGAAUUUUACGAAAAAGCACAUAAAAUCUCAGAAAAAGCUCUGCCUUCGAAUCAUCCUCAUUUCGCUUCUUCUUACAACAACAUCGGUCAAGUGUAUAACAAUAUGGGUAACUACUCGAAAGCACUUGAAUUUUACGAAAAAGCACAUCAAAUCUUCGAAAAAGAUCUGCCUCCGAAUCAUCCCAAUUUGGCUAUAUGCUACAACAACAUCGGUCUCGUGUAUAGCAACAUGGUUGACUACUCGAAAGCACUUGUAUGUUACGAAAAAUCAUAUAAAAUCUACGAAAAAGGUCUGCCUCCAAAUCAUCCCAAUUUUGCUACUUCCUACAACAACAUCGCUUUGGUGUAUGAUGACAUGGGUGACUACUCGAAAGCACUUGAAUUUUACGAAAAAGCACUUAAAAUGAGAGAAACAGCUCUGCCUCCGAAUCAUCCCGAUUUGGCUACUUCCUAUAACAACAUCGGUGAAGUAUAUAACAACAUGGGUGACUACUCGAAAGCACUUGAAUUUUACGAAAAAGCACAUAAAAUCUCAGAAAAAGCUCUGCCUCCGAAUCAUCCCUCAUUGGCUACUUCCUACAACAACAUCGGUCUCGUGUAUAACAAUAUGGGUAACUACUCGAAAGCACUUGAAUUUUACGAAAAAGAUCUCGAAAUCACGAAAAAAGCUCUGCCUCCGAAUCAUCCCAAUUUGGCUAUAUGCUACAACAACAUCGGUCAAGUGUAUAACUACAUGGGUGACUACUCGAAAGCACUUGAAUUUUACGAAAAAGCACAUAAAAUCCUCGAAAAAGCUCUGCCUCCGAAUCAUCCUUCAUUGGCUACUUCCUACAACAACAUCGCUUCGGUGUAUGAUGGCAUGGGUGAUUACUCGAAAGCACUUGAAUUUUACGAAAAAUCACAUAAAAUAAAAGAAAAAGCUCUAUCUCCAAAUCAUCCCUCAUUGGCUACUUCCUACAACAACAUCGGUCUCGUGUAUAACAACAUUGGUGAUUGCUCGAAAGCACUUGAAUUUUACGAAAAAGCACAUCAAAUCUUAGAAAAAGCUCUGCCGCCGAAUCAUCCCUCAUUGGCUACUUCCUACAACAACAUCGGUAUCGCGUAUAAGAACAUGGGUGACUACUCGAAAGCACUUGAAUUUUACAAAAAAUCACAUCAAAUAAGAGAAAAAGCUCUGCUUCCGAAUCAUCCCGAUAUGGCUCAAUCCUACAACAACAUCGGUCUCGUGUAUAAGAACAUGGGUGACUACUCGAAAGUACUUGAAUUUUACGAAAAAGCACUUAAAAUAAGAGAAGAAGUUCUGUCUCCGAACCAUCCAGAUUUAGCUACUUCUUACGAUAACAUCGGUAUGGCGUAUUCCGACAAAGAAGACUACUCGAAAGCACUCUCAUUCUUAGAAAAGGCACUUGUUAUCCGUCAAAAAUCACUUCCAUCAACACAUCCUCUAAUUAAAGUAACGAAAGAUAACAUUGAUCAUGUUAAAAAGAAAAUGUAA